CCUUAUCUUUAUCUCUGCACACAUUUGAUUUUAUAAAAAAAGAAAAGAAAAGAAAACCCUAAUUCUAUCACAGCUAUCAUCACCUUCCUCUGUCAGCUCCUCUCCAUCCCUCUGCCAUUCAAUCUUUCAGCCCAUCUCUCUUUUCUUCACUCAAAUCACACCCUCAAAGUAGCAGAUAAUACAGAUAUAUUUGAGUGAUAUUCAAUGGAUGUUGACAUGAUCAAAUCUUCAUCAACCGAAGAUGAUCAUCACAUGGACAUGAUGACAAUGAUGAUGCAAAUGGAGAAGCUUCCUGAAUUCUGUGAGCCACCGCCUGAAAGCUCCACCACUGUGUUUCCUAUUUACCCUAACCCUAUUCAUGACCCGUUCACGGCCUUACCAUUUCCAGUUCAAGAAUCCAUGGCUGCUCCACCACCACCUUUUCAAACCAACAAGUUCAAGUACCCAUCAUAUCCUGAUAAGAAAAACUCCAUGGCAGCAAUGAGGGAGAUGAUUUUUCGUAUAGCAGCAAUGCAACCUAUUCAUAUAGACCCUGAAUCCAUUAAGCCACCCAAAAGAAGGAACGUUAAGAUCUCUAAAGAUCCACAAAGUGUAGCCGCUAGGCAUAGAAGAGAAAGGAUAAGUGAACGGAUAAGGAUACUGCAAAGACUUGUACCAGGAGGGACUAAAAUGGAUACUGCUUCAAUGUUAGACGAAGCUAUACAUUACGUUAAGUUCUUGAAGAAACAAGUGCAGUCUUUGGAACAAGCUGCUGUUAAUAGACCAAUGGGAAUUGGGUUUUCAAGUGGAGCAACAAUGGCUAAUGUGGGCUAUUCUCCAUUGAUGAAAGCUUGUCAGCCACCAUCUCAUCAUCAUCAAGGUGUGGGCAAUAUGCAGAUGCUUAGAUAAGGGGAAAG